AUGUCGUUUACUUCUGUACCAAACGGGCGUGUAUCAGAUUCACGCUCGUUGACUCCCAUCCGCAGUGUACCACCAGUCAAAGAAACGGAACAACCUGAUCUAAACCUGGCGAAUCCACGUCUGCUUAUCAACCGUGGUCUCAUCUAUGAGCGCCGACUACCAGGCGAUGCUUAUAUCACCGCACAUGUCCAGCGCCUUCAGCAUGGCUAUUACUCCAGCAAUGUCGUCUCAGACGCGGAUGCUGAACACGUAGAUUUUCUCGCUAUCGCAUUCACCUUUCAUUCGCCGCACACCAUCACACACCGCAUCAGGUCCGCCACCAUUAGUGUAUCAGUCCACGGACGCCGUGCCCUUUCAAGUUCGAAGUUAUACCCUUAUGGAUAUGCGCCCGGUAACCCACGCUUUCUUAUGCAUGCUCCGCACUUAAUCUAUGGCACUGUUUCCCCGGAGACCAUGGAGUGGACAUUCAGUCUGGCUGGGUCUCUUGGAAUCUCGGAAAUGCCCGUCAGUGCGAGCGUCAUUCCCUCGGGGAGUAUCAACAGUCGGUAUAAGCGGUACGAGAUGAUGCGCAUUCAAGGCUCCGCACGUACUUUAAAGAACCCAUCUGGCCGCGAAUUCGAUGUCGAAGCUGGCAAAAUCGUCUGGUCCAUGGAAGAGAAUAAUGUCCAGAGAUCUGGUCUACCGCGCGAGUUCACCUUUGUUAUGUUGAUCCAAAAGCCCGCGGCAAACACCAAGACUUCCCUCUCGAUCGAUGUCGACCCCGUAAUCGACGCAAUGAUUGGCAGUUACCCGUCCUUGAUGUUGAAACUACCCGAGUAUCAACCUUUACCGCGCCGGGGUGUGAAUUUUCAACAAGAAGUCGGACAGCGGUUUGAGCCCGCGGACCCGGUGCGUGGGUUCAACUUUGCAGAACUUGGGAGCAUGUUCGAUGAGUACAUCGCUAUGCCAGGAAGGAAGUUCAGCCGUCAGAUUCACAUCCCACCUGAGACUGGCAUCCCUGAUAAUCACUUCCAGGCCGUAGACCUACUGUUCAGAUGUUUUGUUUUCUGGCGAUUUUGA